GUUGGGGUGGUGGGCUCCGCCUGGACUCACUGGAACUGUCGGCUGCGUGCGACCACUGGGGGACACCGGGAGGGUGCGACAGGGUAGCACCUUUGGGACCACCGAUCGGGGCACGAUUGUGUUUGCAAUGGGGACCGCAGUCUGCACGGCCAGGCGUCAUGGCUGCGCUCCCCUGUGCGGCGGCCCUCCGGCCCUGGAUGGGAUUGGUACGGUCCAGUUGAGGGCGGGGAACCGGCUGCCGCCUGCCCGGGGGAGCUAGCCUGUACCGCUGCCUCCCCCUGUAUGGUGCACGCUCCCCCGCCCAGGUCGUGCAGUGGUACGGCCCUGCCCCCUGGCGGAGCUCUGGGAAGGUCUAGGCCGGACCCCGCCUCCCCCAGCCAGCUCAGUGGUGGUGGCCAAGCCGAGUUCCGGUUCCGGUGGCUGCGGCCGCAGGCGGCCAGUGAAGCUGGGUUCAGCGCACUCUUACCACUUUAGGUCGGCGUCUGCCCUCUGCCGCACUCUGGGUGGCUACACCUCGGGGGCCUGUGCUGCCCCCGACACCCUUUCCGGGCGAUGGUACCGCCCAAGGGCGCGUCCGUCCCCCGCCGUUGCUGACCCGGGUCCCCCGCUCCAUGGCCGCCUCGGCGCCGCCCCCACCGGACAAGCUGGAGGGAGGUGGCGGCCCCGCACCGCCCCCUGCGCCGCCCAGCACCGGGAGGAAGCAGGGCAAGGCCGGUGAGAGCGUUGAGAGGGCUGGAGGUUGGAGAAGCCGAGGACUUGGAGGUUUGCAAAUGAAGAGCCCAGAAAAGAAGCGAAGGAAGUCAAACACUCAGGGCCCUGCAUACUCGCAUCUGACGGAGUUUGCGCCACCCCCGACUCCUAUGGUGGAUCACCUGGUUGCAUCCAACCCUUUUGAGGAUGACUUCGGAGCCCCUAAGGUGGGGGGCGCGGCCCCUCCAUUUCUUGGCAGUCCUGUCCCCUUUGGAGGCUUCCGUGUACAGGGGGGCAUGGCAGGCCAAGUACCCCCAGGCUACAGCACUGGAGGUGGAGGGGGUCCACAGCCUCUUCGUCGACAGCCCCCCCCUUUCCCUCCCAACCCUAUGGGCCCUGCUUUCAACAUGCCCCCACAGGGCCCUGGCUACCCACCCCCAGGCAACAUGAACUUUUCUAGCCAACCCUUCAACCAGCCUCUGGGUCAAAACUUUAGCCCUCCCGGUGGGCAGAUGAUGCCAGGCCCGGUUGGGGGCUUUGGUCCCAUGAUCUCACCCACCAUGGGACAACCCCCCAGAGGGGAGCUGGGCCCUCCUUCUCUCCCGCAGCGCUUUGCCCAGCCAGGAGCACCUUUUGGCCCUUCUCUUCAGAGACCUGGUCAGGGGCUCCCCAGCCUGCCCCCCAACACAAGUCCCUUUUCUGGUCCAGACCCUGGCUUUCCCGGCACUGGUGGUGAGGACGGGGGGAAGCCCUUGAAUCCACCUGCUCCCACUGCUUUUCCUCAGGAGCCCCACUCAGGCUCCCCUGCUGCUGCCGUUAAUGGGAGUCAGCCCAGUUUCCCCCCGAACAGCAGUGGGCGCGGUGGGGGCACUCCAGAUGCCAACAGUCUGGCACCCCCUGGCAAGGCAGGUGGGGGCUCAGGGCCCCAGCCUCCUCCGGGCCUGGUGUACCCGUGCGGUGCCUGUCGGAGCGAGGUGAACGACGACCAGGACGCCAUUCUGUGUGAGGCCUCCUGCCAGAAGUGGUUCCACCGAGAGUGCACGGGCAUGACUGAGAGCGCCUAUGGGCUGCUGACCACUGAAGCUUCUGCAGUCUGGGCCUGCGAUCUCUGUCUCAAGACCAAGGAGAUCCAGUCUGUCUACAUCCGAGAGGGCAUGGGGCAGCUGGUGGCUGCCAACGAUGGGUGACACUGGCCAGGUGACCCAAGGAAGUGCAUACAUUCCUCCCUGCUCUUCCAGGGUGAUUGUUUCACGUCUGGCUUUUAGUCCUUGUUUCCACUGGCAUCCCAUCCCCCUGGAGCAGAAACACAGUGGCUCCUGGGGGCAGAAGAGGAACUGGGGUGGGCAGGCAGGAGAGCCUGGAUCGCUCACUGUUGUGGGAACUUUCACGUGGAGAUCUACAGAGAUCCAGGAAACCAAAGCCCUGCCGAGCAGAGCCACCUUUUGUUGGCAGUCUCCAGAAGCCUCUAGGGGUAUGGCUGCAAGAGAGAAGAGGCUGGAGAAAGAUCUGGAAGGCAGAGAUGUCCCCUCUGCAGAUGGAUGGACGUCCCAAACACCUGUGCCUAACAUGCCUCUAUCUAGCCCCACAGCUCCAGCCUUAGUUUUUGGAGUCAAGUGUUAAAGGUUUCCGGCCAGAGGAGUUCCGUUCUCUUCCCAUUCCCUCCAAUAGCUCUUCCAUGGGCUCUGAGAGACAGCAUUGGGGGAUAAAAAGGGAUGUUCCCCUUUUUCUACUUUCCCUUUACCACCUCCAAAACCUGCUCAACUCUUCCCCACUCGGAGAACCAAAUAGUCUGAAGAAGCAGGAGUUCUUGGCCACGGCAUUUUCUUGGUGAUUUGGGGCUUCGAGACAAUAGGUAAAGGAUGCUGUCGGGACACAUUUCCCUCAUACCAAAGUCACUGGUCCUUUCUCAGCCUUUCUCGAGCUUUUCUGCUAAUGACCAUAUUUUUUUGCCAAAAACUGGGAUAUGUGGUCUGACAGACCGGAGUAUUUGGAAGUUUGGACAGCCCUGGAAGCCCUUACAGUGUUGUGCCCCGGCCCUGCCCAGCUGUUGCACAUCAUUCUCAGCAUUGGUCCUCAACUUCCGGUGGUGCCCUCCUUCCCCCACCUCUCUGGCUGGAUUGCAGGAGAAAGCUUGAAAGGGCUCAGGGCCCUUAUACCUCAUUUCUUCUGAUAAAAGGAUCCCUGUCACAGCCUGUGGGUGGGGGAAGCGGCAGGACCCUCGUCGCCAAGGUACUGAAAUGCAGUUCAGAGCUUGGGUGUUCUCUCUUCCCCUGUUCCUUUAUAUCCUCAGGCCUGGUGUUCAGUACUCAUUUCUCAGGCAGAAUCCAAUGCUGUGCUUUGUUUUUACUUUAAAGCACUGCCUGCCAGAGAUGGGCCUGGGACCUGUUCAGGAGCCCCUCACAGCUGAUCUUUAAACGCUACUGCACACAUUGCUCAGUGGGGUGGGGAGGGCGGGCCUGAGAGGGUUAGUGGUUGCCCAGACCCCACCCAGCAUGUGCAGAGGAGACAGGUAACGCUGCAGAACUCGGCUUGCCUGUCUAGUGCAACCAGCCACCUUUGAGGCUGUGGGAAGAAAGGAGGGGCCUGUGGCCUCUUUGGGUCCCCACCCCCAACUCUAAAACAACAGAGAGUGGCCCCUCCGCUGGUCUUUGUGUUGUGUUUGUGGUUCUGUUGUCCCCUUUCAUCUGUUGCUAUUUUUGUGCUGCCUUCCCCCACAUCAGCAUUUUGUAAAGUGGCUCCUGUGGGAAGCCUGCUCAGUCCCUCCUUCACUGUUUUGGAAGAAAGUGGGGGUGGCAGAGUUGAGGUGGUGGGAGAGGGGUCUUUUGUACUGUUGGAUUAAUAAAAUGACUGGAAAAUCCA